AUGGCGUCGUUCCAAUUCCGUUUGGGAGAUCUGCAUUCAAUCCAACCAAUCCCAACUCACAUCCAGGAUGCUGCCCCAACUCACACAACUUUUGCUACCAACCCCAAUAAAGUCUCUACCACAAAGCAGCCCUAUGGCUCAGGCGACUCUGACGAUGGCUACACACUCGUCUUCGCCAACCUCGCUGCCUUCCAAGCAUGGCGCGAACAGGAAGAGGACAGGAACAUGGUCGAAUUCGUAAAAGGUGAUACCCAUGGAAGCAAAGCAAUACCACCUCGGUUCAAAGAACACACAAAACUGGUCUGCGCCCGACAUUCUCGCAGCGGCAGGAAGAAAUAUGUAAAGAAACAUCCUGAACGGGUCCGCAAAGUCCCCAGUAGAAAGCUCGAGGGCCAGGGCUGUCCUGCGUCAAUAAGCUACAAGACGUAUUUUGACACUGAAGAAGUUCGCGCUUGUUAUAUCUCGCAGCAUUCCCAUGAAAUUGGACUGGCCAAUCUGCCAUUUACGCGGAAAGGUCGCAAAGCUGCAGUUGAAAGGGAGAAGGAGAAACGCGCUGCCAAAAAUGCUACAAAUGUCGCUUCCACGUCCAGUUCACCCAGUGCAUCGGCCACGGGUCCUCCUGCUACAAGUGUGCCACCAGAUCCCCCAACGUCCCACCUAACGAGUCCGCAACCCAUGUCACCCCCAAGUCAACACAUGCCUCAACCUCAACAACAUAUCCAACAUGUCCAGCAACAGUCCCAGCAACAGCAACAACAGCAACAACAUUCCCAGACGCAACCACAGCAAAUCCAACAAGUUCAGCAGCAGGUUUCUCAGGUGCAACAGGUGCAGCAGCAAGUUCAGCCUGUCCAGCAAGUUCAACAGGUCGUGCCAUCAGCUAGUACAAGCCAGCAAAUGACGUCGUUCUCAUCGGCCGUGUCUAUGCUCGCUCCUCUACCGAAUCAGCCCCAAGUCUAUGCCACUACUCAGCAAACGUAUACCCAACCUUACGCCAUGCAAGGAUAUGCUCCAAUAGCCCAACAACAGCCCAUGUCAAAUGAACGAUGGGACAACAUGAACAUUCUCUUCUCGACCAUCCGAGAUCACGCCCGAACAUUUGAAUACCCUUCAGCAAGCGUUGCUGCUCUUGAAACGGUUCUUAUCCGACUUUACCUCGAAAGUCCGAUGGGCGUUGGAACGCCGGCGCCGAACCUGGGGACGAUGAUGACACAUGUAAUGAGUGGUGCCCGAGGGCCCACGGUGCAACAGCAGCAACAGGGAAUGGCUGUCGGUGGCCAGAACCCCGGGAACGAUGGUACCAUCCAAAAUCAUAACGACGGAACCUCAUAG